AUGAAGUACUCUCAGGUCCUCAUUUCCGCCCUUUUCGGCUCCAUGGUCGCUGCUGCUCCUUUCAAGCGCGAUCUCGUCAUCAAGACUGAGAUUGCAUACGAGACCGUAGUCGUCUACACCACCGUCUGGGAUAGCACAGUCCCCGUCGCUGAGGCCACCACCACUGCUGGAGGCUACUUCUACGAGCAGCCCACUGAGGCCACUACUACCCCCGCUGUGACCUCUACUCCCGCCGCGACCUCUACUCCCGCCUACACUCCCACUCCGGAGCCCUCCAGCGUCUACACUCCUGCCGUUGUUGAGACUCCCGCUCCUUCCUCUACUGUUGUCGUUGUUACCUCCGCCGCGCCUGCUCCCAAGCCCGUCGAGACCUCAUCUACUCCUGCCCCAGCUGCGCCAACAACUACUGAGGCUGCUUACACUCCCGCUCCUGUCUCCUCUGCUGCUCCCGCUGCUACCACCCCUGCUGCUGCCCCUGCCGCCCAGAAGGAGUCCACUGCCUCUUCCAGCACCGGCGAGAGCUUCACUGGCGUCGACCUGACCAUCAACCCACUCACCGGCGCGCUCGGUGCCUGCGGCGAGCCCAUGCACGCCACCGACUUCUACGUAGCUAUCGCUGCCCCUGCUUGGGGUGCCUCCACCUACGACGUUCAGACCGGCAAGGCCACCAACAAGUGGUGCGGACAGAAGAUCAAGAUCGAGUACGGUGGCAAGUCUGUCGAUGCCACCGUCAUGGACAUGUGCCCUGGCUGCUCCGGCCACGACCUCGACCUCUCUGACGCUGCUUGGGCUGCCAUUGGCAUGACCGAGUGGACUCGCGUCCAGGGUAGCUGGUCGAUGGUCAACUAA